AUGUUGCGAUUUUACAAACGAUCUCUGUGUUUGGGUGUGACCCUGGUGCCAUUGGUCGUCCUUUGUUCCAUAUUUGCCUUUCUGAAGAAGUCAGAUCUUCACGAAGGUUUAAGCGCAUUCAUGGUUGGACCCAAUAAGCUGCUCAAUUUCUCUGAAGAUAUGUCCGAGAAUACACAUCUUUUCGAAAAUACUUGCAGGUAUGUGUGGGCGGAAGACGAAGAGCCAUCAAUGAAGGGUGUGACCCUGGUGCCACUGGCCGUCUUUUGUUCCAUACUUGUCUUAGUGAAGAAGUCAGAUCAACUUCAUGAGGGUUUAAGUGCAUUCAUGGUUGAACCCAAUAAGCUGCUCAAUGCCUCUGAAGAUAUGUCCGAGACCACACAUCUUUUCGAGAAUACUUGCAGAUAUGUGUGGGUGGAAGAUGAAGAGCCAUCAAUGAAGGUAAGGGUAACAAGUUGAUC